GUGAGCCAGAGGGUUGGCCUUCUGGGAGUGCCUGUGAAUUGUCAUGGAGGAAAAUGGAUAGUUGGCUGGACUCCUCCAAGGAAUGGCUGUGACUAAAGUGUUUGUUGCCUUGUACUGCUGGUCCAUUUGGCUGCUGCCAUUGCAAAUAAGUGGAUCUGGAUUAGAGUACAGUGAGGAUUACAGUUUACUCCCUCCUUUAUUCAAGGAGCUGUCGGAGCGUCCCAAAUGGAGGGAUAAUGCACCAGGGCCCAAUAUGGUGGCAAUCAAAUACAUGAAAAGAUUGUACAAGAUGUCAGCCACCAAGGAGGGUGUUCCCAGGCUUCAUAAGAACCCUGUAUACAACACAGUCAGGCUGUUCACUCCAAGGACAGAGUGCAAACCAGGAAAGAUGAGGGAGAUAAAUGAUGGCAUGCAAUCAUUGGACUUGACUUUCAGUGUGGAUCGUGUUUCUGCUGUGGAGCAGCUACUGCAGUCACUCUUGCUUUACUCUGUGAGUAAGAGAUUUUCCACUUCCAACGCCACUUGCACAUGCAGCUUGGAGAUCCUAGAUCAUGAGCUCGUAAACGUCAUGUGUCCUCGUGCCCUGCAAUCCUUCAGUUUCCAGCUUCGCAAAAGGCAAAGAUGGGUUGAAAUUGAUGUGACCUCUAUUCUGCAACCAUUCAUUUCCAACAAGAGGCAAAAUAUUCACUUAGCCUUGAAUUUCACAUGUAUUAAAAACAACAAACAGUAUGAUUUUGCAAUGACAGGUCCAUUUAAAAUGGCCAGGACCCCACCAUCUCUACUCUUGUACCUGAAUGAUACAAGUAAUAAAGCUUACCAUAGGAAAUCAGUGUAUGAUAUGACAGAGUCACCAUUCUAUUAUCCAGUGGGAAGAACAUCCUCUAUCUUGGACGAUGAUGGAGGAAACCUUGAGUUCCAACAAAUGUCCAGACAGCGAAGAGAUCAUGAUUAUGAAGCUAUAUUGGAGGAGAACACAACAGUUGUGCCCCACACCUUUAAUUUUAGUGAAUACCUUAAGCAGUUCAUAUACCCUCAAAACGAAUGUGAGCUUCAUCGGUUUCGACUUAGCUUCAGCCAGCUCAAUUGGGACAAAUGGAUACUGGUCCCCCACCGGUACAGUCCAGAUUACUGCAAAGGUGUGUGUCCUAGAAUUGUUGGCGAUAGAUAUGGAUCACCAGUUCACACCAUGGUUCAGAAUAUCAUCUAUGAAAAAGUGGACUCUUCCAUUCCACGCCCAUCUUGUGUCCCCUCUGAAUACCGACCAAUGAGUGUCUUAACCAUUGAACCUGAUAACUCUAUUGCUUACAAAGAAUAUCAGGAUAUGAUUGCUACAAAGUGUACUUGCCGCUAGCUCUUUUCUCAUUGACCCACAUUUUAGUGUAGGUUUCAUCAACACAACAAAAUUUCAGUAAUAUCUUGACUCUUCCAAAAUUAAAUGACGUUACUCCAAAAAGCCGCUUUCCAAAGUAACUCUGAUAUUAAAUCUUCAGGGUAAAGUCCUAAAUCAGUUGAUGAGGAAAUUAAAAUGAUCCAUGUGUCACAGGGUAUCAGACAACCUAUUAUAGCUAUUAUAAUAACUGGUGGGGGCUGAACAAAUUGGUACCACCAGUCAUUAAACCAAAUAUAACAGAUAAUAUUUUUUGUUUUUUUAGUUAUAUGAAACUGGUUAUGGCUAACAAUAUGUGUGCCAUCUGUGUGCACCCUCCAUUUACUUUGCUUAAAUUGCUUGUAUCCCCUAGACUGUACACUUAGAAUCGCCCUGUCUGCCAUUGCCCAUACGCUUAUAAUUAAGUGCUUAUCAGACAUGGAAUUAGCAGCAGUGACGAUUCAAAUGUAUUCAUUAAUGGGAAAAUAUA